GGCUGGAAGACGCCAGGAGACGGUGGGAGGCAGCAGCGCACGAGCAAACAGGGUCUGAAGCUAACAGGCUAAUAGGCGCUCCAGCGACCCUUAAAAUAUUUAAAACUGUCGUUCACGUUAAAUAUUAAACGUUACGCUCGGCGGUUGGUUCACAGUCACCGCCCCCCUCCGUCUGCUGGAGUGAGAGCCAGCAUGGCAGCAGCGGUGUCUGGCUAACUGCGGCUCGUUAGCAGCUUAGCACGCUAUCUGACGAGCUAAUCAGAAUUUUAUACCAGUCACAGUUUCUUCCGUAACAGCGGGCUCGGCCAGGCCGCUCGACAGUGGACGAGCUCGGCUCCGGGAUAGAGCGAGGACUGCCGCUACCUAUCGAGAUGGAUGUGAGUUAACAGCCGGGGUACCGGGACGGUGUGGCCCAGGUUGGUGGAUCUCUGUGAUUUCCCCCAACAGCGGGCUGCUGUUGGUGGAUCUCUGUGAUUUCCCCCAACAGCAGCCCGCUCCCCCAGGGCCAGGGGGACGGCAGAGCUUCACGCCGCUGCUCAGGCCCGCGCUCCGGUAUGAGAUGAGGUUCAGGGGACCGGUUAACCAGGUUAGGCAAACCGAGGUGUAUGCAGACUGUUAUCACAGGCAGAUUGAUGAAGAAAUUAACCAGUGGAUGGACUGAAAAUGAAAAUAUACCCUGGACAAAAAAAAGCAGUUAUUUGAUGAGCUCAAACUCAUUGAUCAUGAAGCGGCUCUUUAUGCAGCUUCAGCCUGCAGCCACGCUCUCGCUCAUGUGAUGGAGACCACGCUCUGUGCCUGACAACAAUCGGCAGCUCUUUGAUGCUGGAUGUGUGUUCAGGAUGGACGUGUGCUGUAGGAACCCAAACCGGACGGCGCCGGUCGGUGAGGACGGCCCACGGCGAGCAGACGUGCCGCUCUGCUCUCGGACCAACGGCUGGAGCUGGCCUCCGCACCCCUUUCAGCUGCUGGCCUGGCUGCUCUACAUCUACUUCGCCGUCACCGCAUUCGGCAUAUUCGUCCCCCUGCUGCCUGCGCACUGGAUCCCUGCGGGCUACAUCUGUACGGGCGUCAUGUUCGUGUGCCACCUGUUCGUCCACGUCAUGGCCGUGUCCAUCGACCCGGCCGACUACAACGUCAGAACGAUGAGCGUCAGAGGCCCGGUCCCUGUGUUCGACCGCUCCAAGCACGCCCACGUCAUUGAGAACUGCCACUGCUACCUGUGCCAGGUCGACGUGGGACCAAAGUCGAAACAUUGUAGCGCCUGUAACAAAUGCGUGGCGAACUUUGACCAUCACUGUCGGUGGCUCAACAACUGCGUGGGCAGCAGGAACUACAAGUUGUUCCUCCACAGUGUGAUCUCAGCUCUUUUGGGGGUUUGCCUCGUUCUUGUUGUGGCCUCCUACGUCUUCAUCGAGUUCUUUCUGGACCCCACCAAACUCCGCACCGACAAACACUUCCUGGUGAGGAAUGAGACAGGUGUGUGGUUCGUCUUCCUGCCCGUGGCGCCUCUCAGGUCGGCAGCGCCGGUGAUUCCCGUCCUGGCUGCCAUCACGAUCGCUCUGGGUCUCCUGUCCUCCGUGUUGCUCUGCCACUUGCUUUGUUUCCACAUCUACCUGAUGUGGAACAGGCUCAGUACUUAUGAAUACAUAGUGCGGCAGCGCCACCGUGUGGACAGCACAGACUCGAGGAAACCAGGAUCUGUGAGGGAGACUGCAGUUCCUUCAAUCCUCAAGGAUGUGAACUACUCAGGGACUCUGGGUUACACCAACCCUCAGCUGGACGUGCAGGAACCUACGGCUGUGGCUGUGCAGGGAGAGGCAGAGUUCCUGGCUAAUGGCAGAGUGAGGAGCGUAUCCAGUUCUGUCAUGGAGGAAGAAGCUCCGCCCACCGUCUCGACAGAGAUGAAAGCAGCACACACACACCGACACACACAGAAGAAAAAGAAGAAGAAGGUGCGUAAAGUCCCAGCAGAGGUGACCAGAGAGCGCUGCCCGACCACAGCCCCGCCUCCCGCAGAGCCCAGCGGUGUGUCCACUGUGUCCCUGGGUCAGCGGCUUCCUUUCCCAGCAUUCCCCCUGAGGGCCUCGCUGCCCCCCCUGGCCUCCACUCCAGGCCCCGUCCAGGCCGCCGCACCUCCUGCCGAGUACCACUCCGACUCUGCGGAGUCUCUGGAGGAGAUCCCGGUGGCGUUGGCCAAACUGGGCUCUUCAGCUUCUGGGGCAGACGGCUCGACCUCUUCGCACAGGCCCGUCCCGGCAUUCCCCCUGCCCUCCCCACAGCCCAGGACUAAAAGGAAGGCCGCCUCCUCCCGCGCUAAGAACGCAGUGGAGCUGAGGUUCGAGAUGGCCACCACGCAGCCUCCCUUAGUGUUUGUCAGCCGGGCCAGCGGAGAGGUCGCUGAGCUCCAGGAGGAAGGCCUCAGCCUGGGCAGGAGGAAGGCUGGACCGAGGCUCGGACCCGGGUCCAGACCAGCGUCCCGGACGUCGCUGGGCUCAGGUGCUCCCUCCUAGAUGGAGGAGUACUCUGAGCAGACUGCCACUCUUCAUCUUUUUACAAUCCCUUGUUUGCACAACUCUUUUACUUUUAUUCUGAAGGGUUUGUAUCACUCUAUUUAUUGAUUUAAUUUUGAAAGCCAAAGCUGACUUCCUGUCUGCGUCUUGAUAAAUGAAGGACCUUCAGUUGUUUUAAGUGUUUGUGUGUCUGUUCCUGUGGAGAUUUUAUGGACACCUCCCUGUUGUUUUUACCGUUUCCUGUUAUUGCUCCUCUGCUGUAACAUGGUCCCCAUGGUAACGCUGAAAACCUGAACUCCAGAAAGGCCAAUAAUCAGUCAGCGAACACAUCGGGAAAUAAUGAGAUGAGUAACACCGAGCCGGUAACUGAAACUCAGACCUUCAGUGAUUUAAAGUGUGAUCAGGACAGCGCUGCGCUUUAAGCUUCUGCUGUUUGUGUAGCUCCGCCCCCUGCCCCCUGAUUGAAUCGCUUUAAAGGAGCAUUUCAGCAUUUAGUUCGUUCCAGACGUCGAACAUGUGAGUCGGUCUUUGGUUUCCCCUCACCUCCAGUCUUAAGUGGAAGCUAAUUGGCUGUUGCUGCGUAGUUGGAGUGCAGUGUGAGGGGAUCAGACCAAAUGUGAGCUCCUUCAGCCACAGUCACACCCGAGCGAAGCAGCGUGAAGUCAGGAGUGCUGGGAGCAGUUCUGUCUCAGCAGGAAUCCGUCACUAAAUGCUGAACUGCUCCUUUAAAAGUGUCACUUUUCAGACCCUCACAUGAGCCUGAGCGGCCGUGUGGAGGCUGUUUCACCUGUCAGCUGAUUUAAUAAAGAAUGAAAAGCGGUUCAUUUGCUACAUGUUUAUAUGCAGCUGCUGCUCCUGAGGUCCAGAUGUUGGUCUGGAGAUUUGCUGCACUCUCUGCUGUGGCUGCUUGUUAAUGCCUGAAGAGUUACUGCAGCAGCUGGAUCUUCAGUUUGGAGCCACGUCAUCCGUUCACUGAGAAACUUCAGAUCAUUGUUUCGGUAAAAAUGCUGCAGCUGAACUUCAUAUUUUUGUUUCAUAUAUGUAAAUGUGGGUCUGUCCCAAAAAUGAGUCGUCCGUCCACAUAAAACACGUUUAAGAGACGCAGAUUUGUUCAGCCUGCGUAGAGACUGUAUAUAAAAGAUGGACACACAAACCCUAACCCUGACAUCACUGUUUGUUUGAACUUUUUAAACUUUUUUAAGCCUCAAUUUUAGCAUUUUUGUCAUCACUGUCAGAAGUGACAAAAAAGGUCAAAUAAAUUUGGA